GAGUCCUACAUCAUGUACGACAAUCCCGACACUGAGGAGGACCCUCCCCCGCCCCAGCCAGUCACUGCCUCCCUGAGGGACCCCCCGCCGUCCCCAGUGCCCCCCCACGAGCAUCCCAGCUCCCCCCCGCCUCCUGCCGGACCCGAGGAGGAGGAGGAGGAAGAGGAUCUUGGCUCGCCCUCCGAGAGACUUCACAUCCCAGGGGGUUUGGCUGGGGUGGUGCCCCCCGGGAUGCCCCGCCUCGUGGGUCCCGACAAUGCCUCGCUCCUCUCGCGGCAGCUGGGAUUCAUCCCGAUCCAGGAGGGGGCGCCCCAGCCCCCCCAGCCGCCCCCGCGUCACUCGGAGCAUCACAAACACCACCAUCUUCACAAGCUCAGCAAGAAGGUCAAAAAUCAUAAAUCAAAGGUGCUACUCUCCGGCCUGAUGACCUGCCCUGGCCCGGGCUUCAGGCUGCUGAACAUCAAGAGGGACUCCAAAUCGGGCCAAGGAUUCGGGUUCUCCAUUAAAGGAGGGAGGGAAGCAGGAAUCGGCGUGUACGUGUCGCGCGUGGAGCAAGGCGGCCCCGCCUGGAGAGCGGGCCUGAGACCCGGAGACCUCCUGCUGGCGGCCAACAACACGAACUUCUCGUCGGUGACGCACGCCGAGGCCAUCGCUUUACUGAAGUCAUCGGAGGAGGUGACACUGACCGUGGCUACAACCAGCCAGCUUCCGACUUCUGUUGUGGUAGCUCAGACCUACAGCUGGGUGACGCCGGAAGGUAGGCCUACCAGCCCCCCUCCCGAAUACAACCCACGGCUACACCAUCAUCAAGUUCAGAGAGUUGAAGUUGAGGUGGUAGGAUCGGAGUCCUUAGGUCUGAUGAUCCGGGGAGGAGUGGAGUACGGCCUGGGGAUCUUCAUCACUGGAGUAGAUCCGGAAUCCGCUGCGCAUAAGGCUGGUUUGCAGAUCGGGGACCAGAUCCUGGAGGUGAACGGCGAGAGCUUCCUGGCGGUGACCCACGACACGGCAGUCAACGUCCUCAAGUACUCCCGAAGGCUUCGCCUGGCUCUCCGGCGGGUGGACAAGGUACCCCACUCCUGCACCACCUACGACAGGAGAUGCUGGCCCUCCGCGGGGCAGAGCAACGGGAACAUAUCAGCCGAGAACAUGGAGGCCACUCUGGCCAUGAUAGAGGAGAAGUCGCAGCGGGUACUGACGAGGCAACACCACGAGCGACUGAGGGAAGUCGUCAGCGACUACGCCGCCGGCAGGAUACCCAUCGAACACCUGCUCAUCAUCGCCAGGGAGAUCCUCGAUUCUCCUGACAAGAUGAGUCUCCUGACGGAACUCAGGGAGGUGGUACGACUGGAGGACCAAGUCAAAUUCGAUUCCGCCGUCUUCCGCCACGAACCGAUGCCACAGGAGAAGACAACAGAAGGAUAUGGCGGCCAAGUCUCCAAUCUGGAUGACUUUAUCGAGAUGUACAACCAAAUGGAAUUGGGCCGCGAUGAUGUUGACGAAGAGGAGGAGGAGGAGGAGGAGGAGGAGGAAGAGGUCCUCAGGAGUGACCAGCGAGUGGCAGCAGAGGUCAGCCUUGGCCUUCGGGAAAUAGCAAAGACUCCCAGCGAAGACUCGGGCGUGGAAAUGAGCAACGGAGCAUUGCUCCAUCGGAGGGACGUGGCGAGAUCUCUCGGUGACAGAAAACGAACUGGAAUUCUCAUGAGAGAAAACGGAGGCUCUAACGAAGGGGUAACUUGGGCAGAUGCUGAGAUCGCCGAGAACGAGUAUCAGUUGAAGAGAGAUAGAGAGGACAGGCGUAGCGUUGGGUCUAAACGAGAAAAGAUCCUUCAGAAACGCUACUCUGAAAGAAUCUUGCCCAAAAACGAAGAGGUUUCUCAUAACAUCAAGCCCCAGCGGCGCCACAGUCUAGCCCCCUCCUCCACUCGCAUCAGGGACGAAUACGACCAGUCCCUGCCUCCACCCACAGGACCUUCCUCUGCCUCCCGGGGGAGGGACGACUAUGACCCUCCUCCCCCCUCCUCGAGGGUCAGAGACGACUACGAGUCGUCCCCUAGGGGGAGGGGGCCCUCUGGCAUUGGGGGGGAUGACUAUGCAGCCAGGUUAAGGGACGAGUACGACCCCUUGCAACCGCCACCUUCCUCGAGGUCCCUCUCGGAGGGGUACGACCCUCUUUCAGGGGACGACUUCGACGUGCCUUCCGUACGCGUACACGACGACUACCACCACCUGCAGGGCUCCGCCCACGACGACUACGAUGUAGCCCCAGAGGAAGCCUACGACAUGAAGACGCUCGGGAAGGGUCACGCUGACUACGGCCUCUCGGCAGGUCGUGACGUCUACGAAGGGUCGCCCUCCAGGAGCCACCUGACGGUGGAACACCGACCGGGCUGCGGUAGCGUCGGAGGGAGUUCCCCUUGCUCCUCGCCCGUUGGAGGAGGCAGUAUUGGAGGAUCUGGAGGAGGGGGGAGGAGAGGGAGUAGCGAAAAGCAGGACGAGCUGCACCCAGCCUAUGCCUGCAGAAGUCGCAGGACAUCGCUAGUGGUCAGCGACAGCCUGGGCAGGUUCCGCGUGGUGGUGAAGAAGACGCGGCCCAACCUGGGCAUCGCGAUAGAGGGCGGGGCGGACACCAAGCAGAGGCUUCCAAGGGUCAUCAACAUCGCCGCCAACGGUGCGGCUUUCGAGGCUGGAGGCCUCCGGGUGGGGCAACUCAUCAUCGCUGUCGACGGGCAGAAGCUGGACGGUCACAGCCACGAAGAGGCUGCCCGCCUCAUCGCCAGCUGCUGGGUCAGCCGGUCAAGGCCUGAGGUGGAGUUCAUGGUCGUCGAGCGGAAACCUACAGCAGCGGACGUCCGGCGGUCGUCGAUAUCGCUCCUGUCGCAGAUGUAAAGAUGCGACCUGAACUUGAACCUAUCAAAAACCUAUUUCAUCUUGUACGAGAGACCGAAGUGGAUGUCCAUCGCCAGUUGACCUCCGCUGACUUAGAUAUGCAAAAAUAAUGACAGCCAGACUGACAGAAACAGUUGACUGCUGAUCUUCGACGUGGUUUCAGCUACGAAUGGAGUCCUUCUGCCUGGAAGAAUCAUAGAUAGGAAGAUAGAUGUCUUUUGAAUUUCCUCCUGCUACUAAGCAAAGUUUAUUUUCCUCAGUGGGAAAGGGUCGCUCGUCAAUCUCCUUGAUAUGAGCAUUCAACUUAAGAAAUAAGAAAGUAAGGGACGUCCCUUAAUAUUCAAGCCCUCCUCAGGCACUCGUCUUUAAAACCAAACAAUAGUGGAACCUCUAAAACAGAAGGAAACGCUCAACUGCAAAAAGAGACAGAAGCAGACGUCCGUCAGUCCCGUAGACGCCUUCCCUUCUCAGAUCUAAAAGCUCGAUUAAAAUGGACGAGGAAGUUCCCUGAUCGUAAACCUUCCCCCUUAAAAGGCAGACCGUAAAGGAUGAUCUCCUCUAGCAUACUCAAUUAUCCUACCUGGAAACUGGCGAUUGUCAACCUCCUUCCGUCUCAGAUGUAAAUAUCCUAUGUGAAAUCAAUUAUAAAGGACGUUCCUCUCCCAAAAGACUGACACUAGUAGACCUCCUGUCCCAAAUGUAAGCAUCCUGUUUACAAAGUUAAAUAUGGACAUCAGAAGACAUCUGUCGGCCAUCAGACCACUUCCCGUCUACGUCUUCAAAACACCCAGGAACGUCUGUCAGUUGUCAAUACUCCCCUUGAAAGACAGACAGUAGUGGACUGAAUGCGACUGCCAUAAAUAAGCACCCCAAUUUCGGAAGUGGACAGCAGUGGGCGUCCGUCUACCGUCAGACUUCUCGCUUCAGACAGAAAACGGCUGUCGACUACGCGACUCGACUCGACGCUGGAACCAAUGCAAACCGAUGAGACACAUGUUUAUAUGCAAUCGUAAAUGUACACAAAUAUUGAUGGGAUUAUUCUUCAGUAUGCAACAGUGAACGAGUGUUUUUCAUGGACGGUUUUCAAGCAUUUUAAGACUUUUAUUUUCCAUUUAGGAUAGAGGCGUCCUCUGGAAGGACUGGUUUGAAAUCAGGAAGGUUGAAAGAUGUUUCAGAUUGACUGACUGAAUCGAAUUGAAGUAUAAUGAACUCAUUUUGAUGUGAAAUAUUUUUUUUCUUUUAGGUGAAAUGGGACUACUAAAUACUUAAAUAGGGAAGGGGAUAAAUGUGGCUUUAAUUUGAGCUAGAAAAAAAUUGAAAAGUGAAGGGUGUCUAGAGUUGAUUUCCCAAUUCAACUAUAAUCCAGAUAAUAAUACUCAAUAUAUCAAUGAACCAUCUGUAUUUGGAAUCUUAAUAGCGUAAAGUUUCAUGUGACUUCAGGAAACCACUCUAAAUUUUGAUUGUACCGAAACAUGAAUAUUUUCUAUAUAAUUAGGUCAUAAACUAAUCAUAAUUCGAGGAAAUUUAAAAUGAACAUUCUUAUAUGGUAACGACAUAAAACUGGAAGAAGAGAAAAAACAAUUUAAAAAAAUAUUGAAAACUUAUACAGAGGACUUUAGUUGGAAGGAAGUCAAAAAAAUUUAAUUCGUGAAUUAUUGGUUUUUGCUCUAAGGCCAAGAUGAGGGCGCGUCCGUGGCCCCUCUAUCCCUACGGUUUGAUGAAAAUAAAAAAGGGAGAAUAGAAAGUGACCUAGGAUGUAGUGUAAAAUCUACUUCGUAAGUUAAUUUGUGCAUCAUUUUACUUGUUUUAUUGCGUGGUUUUCUACGCAUAUUGCCCGUGCAAUCCAGCUUUCGUAUUUUUAUUUUGUGUGCGUGUCCAGUUUGAUCAAUCGUUCACAUGGUGACCGUGUAAAUAUAAGAAAAAUGGAGAUUCCGAUUUGUAUAAAAUCUAAGCCAGCACAGUCAAAAAAAUUAAAGAGAACAAUCUUUCAGAUAUGACUCCAUUGUUAAAGUAAGUAUCAGCACUCUUAUCUCAUCAUUUCGUAGUGUUAUGAUCUAUCCAUUAAUUCAUUCUUUCACGUAUGCAUUGAUUUUGUUAUUAAUCUAUUGAAUGAUUUACAUGUAUCUGUUUUAGCUUUUAAAUGAUCUACCUCAAAACCUCGUAGUGGAUUCAAUGAAUUUGUCUCCAGUGUUCACGGUUUGGAAGAGACGAACAAGCAAGUAGUAAACACUUUCCAUGUAGGAGAUUCUAACUAUGCAGGGCGGAAACUAUGACACCCCCCCCCCCCCCAUUUUUUUUAUAACAAACAAGAUGUGUGAACUCAUACGUAUGCAAGGUGAAAAGGGAACAACUGCGUGAAACGAAGAACAACAAACAAAAUGCAAUGUUUGUACAUAAGUGCAUCACACACCAUGCCAAUGCAAGAGCACCUGUAGAAUUGUUGAGAAGCUCAUUUUUCUAUUUCGUGGAAUAUGUAUUAUAUGACGUGAAGGUUUAAACGUCUCUUUACAGAGUUUCUCUGUAUGCUAAGAAUACUGUAUUUAUUCUUUUCAUUUGUAGUCCUUAGACAAGUGAGUGAAUAUUUUAAUUCCAGAUGAUUUGACUUCUCUUUUUUUUUUCUUCUUAAACGCUAGUGAGUGACUUGUUAAUAUUCAUUGUUAUCAAUUCACCACGAUUAUUUUUAGGUCAUUUUUCGAGUGUUUUUGGAAUUCAAAAUGUCACGAGUGUCUGUGUGUUGGUAAGGACCCGUCACAUUCGAAUGUUGUCAAGAAAGAGAACCCGGUCUUGGGCUAGGCACCAAAAUGACUCUUGAAAUUUAAGAUAUAUAUAUUUUUUUUAAUCUGAGAGCAGGAAUUCUCACGAGUGCUUUCGUCAGUGUUUAGACACAGAAAUUUUUUUAGAAAUAUUUAGCAUAUUCACCAUUAUUUAAUUAUUCAAUUCAUGUGAAAGCAGGGAACUGGUUUUUUUUAUAGAAAAAGGACACAUUUAAGUCAUAAGCUAUUUUCAAAUUGCUCUACAGUUCCGUUUUUUAAUGCAAAUUUAAAGUGAAAAGUGGAAUUUGUCAGUCACUGUUUAUGACAGACUUGUAGCCAUUGUGAUUAGAAUACAUACAAUAUAUAUAUAUAUAUAUAUA